AUGAGCAGUGCACUGUACAGACAGAGACGAGUUCUGAUACCUGCCCUACCACAGACUAGAGCCGAUGUCAUCCUAGAAGAACCAUGGACACAGACAAAUGACGGAAGACGCUACCUGUUAUUUAGCGAUGGAAAUGAAGAUAACAUGCUUGUGUUCUCUACAGAUGAGCAAAUCGUAGCUCUACAGGCUGCAGAAUCCAUUUUUAUGGACGGAACUUUCUCUUCUUGUCCAGCAUUGUGGAACCAAUUAUACAUCAUCCAUGCUAUGGACGGAACCACUAUGUAUCCCCUUGUGUUUGCUCUUCUUCCCGAUAAACAGAGGAUAACAUACAUUAGACUGUUCAGUUUGUUGAAAAAUGAAGUUCAACAAUUAUUAAACCAACCCCUUGCUCCAAGUAAAGUUCAGACUGAUUUUGAGAUGGCUGCAAUCCAGGCAGUUGAGACGGAGUUUCCGCAAGCUGAAGUAAAAGGGUGCUUUUUUUUCACUUUACACAGGCCAUUUGGAGGAAAACUCAAGAACUGGGUCUUGCUGUUUUGUACAAAGAAGAUCCAGCUGUACAGACAUGGAUUCGGAGGGCUGCUGGACUACCACUUUUGCCCAUUGCACAAGUACAGGAUGCAUGGUUAG